CGAGGACCAGGUAGAAAGAUACCCUCCAGCAUAUCAGUUUGCCUUCCUUGACUGAUGAUGGGAGUAAUUGGUAUUAUUUUUCUCUGAAUGCAGGUUCUCUAUGGGCUGGAGUACACAUAUGCAAUUCCACAUAUUAGAGAAAAAUUGGUCAAAUCAGCAAGAUCUUGUGGUCCUAAAUCCAGAGGGGAUAUUCAUUUUGCUGAUGUUAUGUGUUUAACCUUAGGUCCCUUCGAAGACCAUAGGAAUUCCAAAGGACUGCUGGGAAUUUUGGGUGGUUAUACUUCUAGUGACAGUUCAGUAGCUGAAGCUGGUACUAGAUAUAGCAUUGGAGGCUUGAUCUGGGAUAUACCAGAAGGAUGCAAAAUGGAGGUUUACUUGCUUUUCUGGAUUGGUCUUGAGAAUUCGGCUUUUGCCAAUAUCAUGCUGACACUUAAUGGCUGUGAAAUAGGUAAAUACAACACCAAAAAUGCAUGUAAGGUGGAGAUUCAUGUGCAUGCUUACACAGACACACACGUUUACACUAAGUGAGAAUGCAGUUGGCUUCUAAUUUUCAUAUUGCACCUAGCUAUAUUAGAUUGGUACUAAUGCAGGUGGUGUGUGUAGGAGGUGUAUGGUGUCCAUUUGCCUUCCACCUUAUGGUUGUCUGGUUUAUUUUCUACUUUAUGUCUUUCUAUAAAUUGAACUCAGUUUA